AGAUUUCACAAUGUCAAUGGUCCGCUGCUGUUAAGAUUGUGAUGAGACAAAAGGCUGGGUGACGUUGUCAUUUUUCUGAUCCCAAUCUUCAGAAUCCACGAGAGCUUUUUGGUGUCGAAAGCAAACAGGAUUACCUUGAAAACCCAAGAUCAUCGAGCAGCUUUCAUUCAUUGACGCAGAGCGUUAGAGGGGCAUUAUCAGUGUAGGAAACUGCAUUGUUGUGGCGCGCGCGGGAUUUGCUGAGCCCGAUCCGCGCGCGCCCGGGGCCCUUCGGUCUUGUUUUUUUGGAACCUUUUGACACCUGCAAUGAUUGGUUGGAGUGGGAAUGCCAAGAAUAGCGAGUGACGAUACACCCAACAUGAAAGCUUUCUUUAUCUUUCUCCGUUAGGAUACGUAGAAUCCAUCAAGACCGCUACGGCAUAACGACAUUGAUUCAUCAUGGCAACUGUCAUUCCACGAAUGCGCAAGUCGUCAAAUGCUGACUCAUCAGAUGAUUCUCCGUCAGAGCAGUCACCAUCUGCACCAAUCGGUUUCAGACAAUCAUCGCUGGAAAACCUGUACAAUACAGACAUCGAAAGGAAAAUUUUAGAAUCGACCAGAUCAAAGAUUUGGUUCUUCUUGGACGACCCUUCUUCUUCUCGACCCGCUUAUUUUUUCUCCGUAUUCAUUUUGAUGCUUAUCUUGCUAUCGUGUACAAGUUUUGUUUUGGAAACCAUUCCGAUAUUGUGCUGUGGGAGAUACGACUCAGUAUGGAAUAACAUCGAGGUUGUAUGUGUUUCCGCAUUCACUUUUGAAUAUUUGUCACGCCUUCUUGUUGUGCCCACGUUUAUGAACAAUGAGGGGAGGCUGGCUAGCUCAGAAAGAACAGGCCCAACAGCAGAAAUUCUAGCAAGAUUACGAUUCCUGUUCAGACCGUUGAAUGCAAUCGACUUGACCGCAAUUCUGCCCUACUACAUACAACUCAUGCUACCGAAUGGUAACGGAGCAAGUGGAACAUCAUUCCUACGAAUAAUUCGAUUGGCUCGGGUUUUCCGUUUGUUCAAGCUUUCGAAGUAUAGUGAGGGGAUGUGGUUGCUGUCAGCAACCUUGAUGAGGAGCUGGCGUGCACUGAGCAUGUUGCUCUUCUUCAUGUUGAUUUCUGUAAUUUUAUUCUCGAGUGUGAUGUACUAUGUGGAGCGUGGGGAUUUUUUUUAUUGUACCAUGGAUGCGGCAAGGCAAAACCUGUGCAGGAUUGAAGAUGUUGUCACCUUUGAUCCCACUGUCGGACAGGGUCUAGAACAGUGUCGGCAGAUGGUGCAAGAUGCAUUGGGGAUUUCUUUAGACUGCUGCGAUGGACAGGCUUGGUACGCAUGGCCACCAUUGGACCAGAACGGGGACGGAUGCAUUGACAAGAGCAAGUUCGAGAGCAUCCUGUUAACAGCGUGGUGGUGUGUGGUCACGAUGACAACCGUUGGUUACGGAGAUGUUGUUCCAGUGACAGCCGGUGGUCAGCUGAUAGCAGUGCUCACAAUGCUCAGCGGGAUUCUUCUGUUGGCGUUACCGAUCACUGUCAUUGGAUCAAACUUUAACAUUGAGUACGAGAGGUCAGAGGCUGAACAAAGGAUGCAUGAACAGCUUGAAUGGGCAGAGAAAUCAAAAUCUCAAAAAGUGACACCGUUAGAAGAAAGAGAAGCUUCUGUCCCCCAAGAUGAAAUCAUUGCAACACCUUCAUCAAAUUUGCCAGGGAAUGGGUCGAUGGCAACUCCAACCCCGAUGAAACAAAGGCGCAGUCUAAUGUCAAGUAGCUGGAGAGAAGAAUCGAGGCCUGGAGCAGACUCCAAUUCAGCGGGUACUCAAAGAAUACUCUUGGCAACUGUGGAGCGGUUGAUGGCUGAACAUCGUGAGAUGAUUCUACGGAAAGCAGACGAGAUGAUAAAAGAGCAUGUAAAGGAGAUUGCGAGAGAGGUCGUCGCGCGAAACAGGGAGAAAAAGCAUGGGACUGGGAACGGGACCGACCCAACAAGCUAGGAGUGCCGUCAUGAUAUUUUAACUAUGCAGAAUAGAAAGGUGUAAAAAGUUGCUAUUAAUUCAAAUAAAUGUAACUAUAAUCG